AUGCCAGCACCGCCUGCACUCAAAAAAAAAUCCGGAACAAAAAACCCGCCGAUCCUUAGUCAAGAAUACCUUAUUCAAAAUCAUGGUGAUAUUGCCUGUGGCAUUUUGAUGAUUGUAGCAUUAGGUACAUUAGUUCAGGCAACAUCAUCUUAUUGUACGGCGUUUUUCGGCCCACGACAUAAUGUGACAAAUUUUGAUUCGUUCAAUGCUUUGCCAACACCACUCUUUAAUUAUGGUUAUAAAGAUUUGGCUAUGCUCUUUUCUUACACUCUUAUCUGUAUAACUGCUCAUGCUAUAUGGCAAGAAUAUGUUUUGGAUAAAUUAUAUAAAAAAUUACAUUUAUCAAAAUCAAAAAAUGCAAAAUUUUUCGAAUCUGGUCAAUUAAUUCUAUUCUAUUUUGUCAGUGUUCUAUGGGGAUUUAUGUUAUUUAAUGAUGAAGCUUAUUUAGGCUCAGGUUUAGAAUAUCUUUGGCGUGAUUAUCCCUAUAUGGGCAUGACCACCUGGACUAAACUUUACUUUAUUAUUCAAGUCUCCUAUUGGUUACAUAAUUUCCCUGAAUUAUAUUUACAAAAAGUACGAAAAGAAGAUAUGCCGGCUCGUAUUGUCUAUACAAGUCUAUAUUUAAUAACAAUUCUUUAUGCUUAUUUAACACGUUUCUGGCGUAUAUCACUCGUUUUAUUGACUCUACAUUAUUUCAUCGAAAUAUUUUAUCAUGCGUCACGUCUUGCACAUUUUUAUGCUACAACUAAAACAGGCUCAACAACAGCAAAAUUAAUAUCGGUCUAUUUGUUUAAAACAUGGAAUGUUAUAUUUGUUGUUGGUCGUCUAGCAUCUGUUGUUUUAGCAUGGUUAACAUUUUGGUUUGGCUUAAAAACUUCCUCAAUUAAUAAAAUAACAUUUACAACGACUUCUGUUGCAAAUACAAAUGAAAAUAGCACUGCAAUAAAUGAAUCGAUUAUUAUCUCAAAUUUUAAUACACCAACUGUUCGACUAUUUACACUCGCUGCUACCGGUGUUUUACAAUUUUGGCUCGUUUGGAAUUUUAUUCAAUUUCAUAUGCGUCGUCGACGUGAACAACGAAGCACACGUCCAGCAUCUGUGGCUUCACCGAAAGUUCCCAAUAAGCUCAAACAAAAACAGCACAGUUUAACAAAUGGUAAAUCCGACAAUGAUGAAGUAGCUGAACAACCGGUUGUUUCUGUUGGUGGUCAAAAUAGACAUAUACGUAGUAUGUCUACGUCACGUAAAAUACGUGUUGGUUUGGUUGGUUUUGGUUUGUCUGGUCGAGUAUUUCAUGCUCCGUUUUUACAUACAAUGUCCACUAUGUAUGAACUUCGUAGCGUAGUCGAACGACACGCGAAUGAAGCCAUUAAAAUCUAUCCAUAUGUAAAAACUGUUCGGUCGACAACAGAAUUAUUUGAUGAUCCAGAAAUUGAUCUUGUAAUAAUAACAACAUCGAAUGAUUUACACUAUUCAUUGAGUAAACAAGCAUUAGAGAAAGGAAAACAUGUCGUCGUAGAAAAACCUAUGACAGUACGAAGUGCGGAAGCUUUAGAAUUAAUUGAACUGGCUAAAAAGAAAAAUCUUAUUCUUUGUCCUUAUCAAAAUCGUCGGUAUGACUCAGGCUAUCGAACCAUAAAACAAAUUAUAAAUAGCAAAUUGCUAGGCGAUGAAAUAGUUGAUUGUGAAAUACAUUUUGAUCGUUAUCGACCUGAAUUAAAAGGCGGUAAUGCAUGGCGUGAACGAAAUGAACCAGGUGCUGGCAUUUUAUAUGAUUUAGGUUCUCAUUUAAUUGAUCAGACAUUAAGUUUAUUUGGACAUCCGCAAACAAUUACAGCUGAUAUUCGAACACAACGAUCAGUAGGAGAUGUUGAUGAUUAUUUUGAUGUUCGUCUUGAUUAUGGUCGUUUACGUAUUACACUUAAAGCAAGUAUGCUUGUACGAGAAAUGGGUCCACGUUACGUUUUACACGGUCUACGAGGUUCAUUUAUUAAACACGGAGAUGAUAUUCAAGAAGGAAUACUUCGUACUGGUGUUAUGCCAACCACAAUGGACAAAGAUGAUUCUUCUUGGGGUAAAGAACCAAGUGAAAACGAUGGACUUCUGCAUACAGAAACAAAUGAUGGUCGUAUAAUAAAGGAAAAAUAUGAAACAUUACGUGGUAAUUAUGGGCUAUUUUAUGAACAAUUAUAUGCUGGAAUUGUUGAUGGAAAACAAUUAGAAAUUAGACCGGAAGAUGGUUAUAAUGUUAUUCGAAUUAUUGAACUUGGUAUACAAAGUAGUCAGGAAAAGAAAACAUUACAAUGUGACAAACUUUUAUGA